AUGGAGGAGCCGCUGCGCGGGCACCGCGCGCUGUACAAGGCGCCGGGCCUGGCCGCGCCGCCGUGGAAGGAGGUGUACCGCCGGCGCUGCGCCGAGAGGCUGAGGAGCGGCCGCGCCAAGCUGCUGGAGCGGUACCGGCGGGCCGGGGCCGGGCACGGGGGCGGCACGGGGCCGGGAGCGCUGCUGGUGCCGGAGGUGAUGGAGCUGGAGUGGCACAGCCUGCAGGCAGCGCGGCGAGGCGACGCGGCGCAGGUGGAAGUCAUGGGAGAACGUAGCUGCUACGGGACAACUGCUGACUGCUGUGCCUUUCAGAUGCUAGAGGACCCCCGUGAGCUAGCUGUGCUGGAUGAAAUCCAACAGGAGUUGAUCUUGCAAGAACAACUGGUUAUAGAAGAAUACGAGCAAAGCCUGCAGUUUGACGAAGAAUGUCUCAAUGCAAUGCUUGAUGGCUUGGAUGCCAGCAACAAGAUCAUCUGCCCGGUGUGCAGAAAGAACACCCUGACUGUGAGCUGUCACUCAGUUUUCUGCCAGUGUGGCUUGUACAUCCUUACACAGGGUAUGACAGAACAGAAGCUUCGGGCACUUCUAGAAAACACUUUAACAGAACACAGCUACAGGUGCUUUCACAACCCAGAGUUCACAGUUACGGGUGGGAUGGAGGAGGAAACAAGUCUCCUCAUGACCUGUCCGGCUGUUUCAGCUGCUGCUUUUUCACUGGAAGGACUUCAAGAUUAA